AUGAGGGCCUCACCCUCCCCUGUCUCUCCUUAUAUACCGUGCCCGAUUCGCCCGGUCACCGUGUCCCCCUCAUUCCGGCGCCCUCCCUCGCCUGCCCCGCGCCGCUGCUCCUGCCUGCACGCCGCACGCCCACGCUUGCCCUCGUCGUCCGUGUGCGCGCGACGCCGUGACCCUGGUCCCUGCCAGCGCCCGCUCGCCCUCGUCCAGCUCGCGGCGCCCCUGCCCACGCAUCCCCACCGCAUCGCUCUGCCGUGCGCGUGCCUCGCUCGCCGCGUCUCCUCACGCGCCGCGCCGUCCCCCUGCAUUCCGCUGCGCGUGCGGUCGCCCAUCCAGCCGCGCCUCCCGCUGCGGCGCCCCUCACCGCCGGCCCGCGCCCAUCCAGGCCGGCCCAGGCCACUGACCUCCCUCUGCUCCAGCGCCCUGUCGUGGUCGCUGGCGCCCAGUCGGGUGCCCCCCUGCCGGUCACGCCCGUAG